AUGACGCCCCCGCGGGCAGCAAGGGGGAACCCCGAAGCAGCCCGGAGGCCCCGGCUGGACCUGCAGUUUCUCCGACGCUUCCUAAAGAUACAAUCCAUCUUGUUUCCCUAUUGUUCAUCGCAGAAUGUGUUGAUGUUCCUGACCCUUCUUUGUGUCACCCUGCUGGAGCAACUGGUCAUCUACCAGGUGGGACUAAUACCCAGUCAAUACUAUGGUGUCCUAGGAAACAAGGAUCUGGAUGGAUUCAAGUCCUUGACAUAUCUAGCCCUUGUUCUCAUCGUGCUCAAUUCUACACUGAAGAGCUUUGACCAGUUUAUCUGUAAUUUGUUGUAUGUGAACUGGAGGAAGGACCUUACUGAGCACCUUCAUUGCCUUUACUUCCGGGGCCGAAUCUAUUAUACCCUCAACGUGAUUCGAGAUGACAUCGAUAAUCCGGACCAGCGCAUCAGUCAAGAUGUGGAGAGAUUCUGUCGGCAGCUCAGCACCAUGGCCAGCAAGCUGAUCAUCUCCCCCUUCACCAUCACUUACUACACAUAUCAGUGCUUUCAAAGCACAGGCUGGCUUGGGCCAGUGAGCAUCUUUGGCUACUUUGUCCUGGGGACUGUGGUGAACAAAGUCCUGAUGGGCCCCAUUGUUUCAAAGCUGGUACAGCAGGAGAAACUGGAAGGAGAUUUCAGGUUUAAGCACGUGCAGCUCCGGGUGAAUGCUGAGCCAGCAGCUUUCUAUAGAGCUGGGCAUGUGGAACAUGUAAGAACAAAUUAUAGGCUGCAGAAACUCCUACGGAUUCAGAAGGAGCUUAUGUCCAAGGAACUUUGGCUCUAUAUUGGCAUCAACACAUUCGACUACUUGGGCAGCAUCCUGAGUUAUGUGGUUAUUGCAAUCCCCAUCUUCAGUGGCGUCUACGGAGACUUGACCCCAGCAGAGCUAAGCACUCUGGUUAGCAAGAAUGCCUUUGUGUCCAUUUACCUCAUUGGUUGCUUCAGUCAACUCAUUGACCUCUCAACAACCGUCUCUGAUGUGGCUGGUUAUACACACAGAAUUGGGGAAUUGCAAGAGGCCCUGCUAGCUAUGUCUCUAAGUUCUCAAGACUCUGAGUCAGAAGAUCUGGAUAAAUGGGAAUUUGAUGAGGCCCCAGGCUCAAAGGUAGCAGAUACAGCCUUUCUCCUGGACCGGGUCUCCGUUUCAGUCCCCUUCUCUGACAAGCCAGUGAUCAAGGAUCUGAGCCUGAGAAUUUCCCAGGGGCAGAGUCUGCUGAUCACGGGGAAUACAGGAACAGGAAAGACCUCCCUGCUCAGGGUCCUGGCCGGCUUGUGGGAGAGCACUCGUGGUACUGUAGAGAUGCUGACGUUUUUCGGUCCUCAUGGAGUGCUGUUUCUGCCUCAGAGACCUUUUUUCACAGAUGGGACCUUGCGUGAGCAGGUAAUUUAUCCUUUGAAAGAGAUCUACCCAGUAUCAGGUUCUGCUGAUGAUGAGAGAAUCAUGAGGUUCUUGGAAUUAGCUGGCCUGUCAAGUCUGGUGACAAGGACAGGCGGACUAGACCAACAGGUAGACUGGAACUGGUAUGAUGUUUUGUCCCCAGGAGAGAUGCAAAGACUCUCUUUCGCCCGGCUCUUCUAUUUGCAACCUAAAUAUGCAGUGCUGGAUGAGGCCACCAGUGCUUUGACAGAAGAGGCGGAGAGCGAGCUCUACCGAAUCUGCCAACAGCUGGGCAUGACGCUCAUCAGCGUGGGCCAUCGACAAAGUCUGGAAAAGUUCCACUCCUCGGUUCUGAAACUUUGCGGAGGAGGAAAAUGGGAACUGACCGUCCCCCAGGAAGAACGAAGCGGCCGGAGAGCUGGGGCCCCCCUGCAGGAGGGAGCCGGGUCCCCAGGAGGAUGGGUUGAGUGAGACGGGCCCAGGCCUCUGAGGAGAGGAGACUCCUGAGGCCUGAAGGCCUCUGCCGGGGGCUCGCUUCCCCCGGGCACAGCCUCUCCCCCGCAGUGCCCUUUUUGGGAAUCCUAUCCUCUUGAAAUGGUUCAUUAUACAAGUAUUUUCUUUUCUUUUUUUUUUUUUUAAACUCCUUAC